AUGUCUUCUAGUCCCUCAAACUCUACUCUCUCGGACUCGGACAUCGCGACCCUCAACAGCAUCGGGAAUGAUACCAUACAGACUAUCGUCGCGCUCGUCGUAGAGUCCAUUCUUUACACGAUCUAUUUCGUUCUCGUCGUCCUUUGCGGCCGGAUUCUCUUGAAGAAGAAGGCGCGCUCGAAGUUCUCGGUCGCCAUAUUCGGGGUCAUCGUGACGAUGCUCAUGCUGGACACGGCGACCUGCAUCAUCGAUGUUAAUAACGCCAUUCGGGAGAUCACAUUCACCCUCACUUCCACGUCUGCGGAUUCUCUCGCCGACAGAUAUGAUAACCUGGUUUUACCCUGGCCUGUGGAGAACGCCUUGUAUGCGUUUAUGAUGAAUCUAGGGGACGUCGUCAUCAUAUGGAGAACUUACGUAUUCUGGUCUCAACCUCGCGAACGCUGGGUUAUGCUCGUUCCAAUGGCUCUACUCUUGGGCUCAUUCACGGCAUCCUGCCUCAUCUCCUUCUGUGUUGCGAAGCUAGACGCGGACCCUGAGCUUGGCGACUUCGUUAACCCACCGUUCUGCGUCAAUGUGCAGCUUGCAGCGUACUCUACGACUCUAGUAACGACAGCCGUCGCUACAGGUAUGAUCUGCUGGAAGACUUGGGUCUACCGACGCACAAUCGGCUCUUCCUUCCGCUCUACGAACCGAAAGACUCGCGCUGAGAAGAUCAUGACGAUCUUGAUUGAGUCUGGUGUUCUGUUUUUCCUCUUUUGUCUUUCUGCUGUGGUCGACGAUGUCGGAAACGUGCCAGACCUGGAAACAUCCACGCCACAGUUGGCGUUUGCGAGUACUAUUUGGACAUACAUGACCAGCCACAUCCUGGGCAUAUACCCUGUUCUCGUCGUCAUACUGGUCCACUCGCAGAAGUCUUACAUCGAUGGAGUCACGAAUUCGUCGAGUGGAAGUGGGACACUAUACUCCCAAUCACGUCUUCAGUCCGAUAUACGCUCGGCACCUUCUGGCAGCCGAUCUGACUGGGGUUCUGCAAGUGUGGGAUCUCGUGCCAAACAGGCCUUUGUCAAACCAGGACGGGCUCACGUCCUCGAUAUCAACGUCACGGAGCUGCGGCAAGUGCACCGCGAGCCCUCUCUGGCUCAUACCGGUACGGAAGGCGCAGAUCUGGAUGCUCAGUCGCAGGCUCCGGAUGACGAUGCUAAGGGCAUGCCGGCUGAAGCAUUGUCCGAUAUGAAACUCUGA